CAGUCGGUGCAGCACAAUAGGACGUUAAACCCCAAUUUAUUUCAAUCAUUUUAGUAUAUAGGUUUAAGAAUAGACAUAAAUUAAAACCAAGUAUGUUCAAACAGGCGUGGGGGGUUGGAUGGCCGUAUGGUUAGCACGUGCCCGCUGUAUCGUGAGACCUGUUAUUGAGUCAGCUGACGUGGUUUGGAAUCCCCAGUUGUACGUGACAAGGAGUAGGGUUGCCUGUCCAACCUCGUGGGUUUUCUCCGGGUCCUCCAGUUUCCUCCCACUGUUAAAUACCCCUGCGCGCAAGCGAAUUGUUGAAAUAAAAUUAAACCAUAUGUUAGUCCCGAAAUGAUCUAGUCUGUGUCGAGUGGACGUUAAACCCCAUUUCUCUCUCUUUCAAAUAAGCGUAACGGCUGUGACCUCCAAUAUUUCAGCUCGUUCGUUCGCCCACUUCCUCCUAUAGACUGACAUCGUAAACAAGUAUUUCCUAAGAAACUUGCCAGAGGAAACCGCAAAAAUAGGCUUGGUCCAACUUAUGUAUUUCAGCACCAUACCGGUACCACUAAAUAAUGGUUAUUUUACGUCCGCACUUAAUUUACCCAUGUGGUUAGAUGAUGUUAACUGUAACGGUAGUGAGAAGAAUUUAGAUGAUUGUAAAUUUAAACCUUGGGGUUUUAAUAAUUGUGAAGUUGGAGAAACUGCUGGUGUAAUGUGUCUACCAAAUGUAACGAAUCCUACUGUACAAGUUCGUUUAAAGAAUGGAUUGACACGUUACCAGGGUAGAGUGGAGGUUUUCUAUAAUGGUAUAUGGGGUUCUAUCUGUGAUGAUUCUUUUGAUUCACGUGAUGCUGUAGUUGUCUGUAAGAUGUUGGGGUUUGGAGCACAAGCAACUUUAAGAAGUUUUUCUGGUAGUACAAGAGGUCCUAUUUGGCUUGAUGAUGUUAAUUGUGAUGGUACCGAGACAUCUAUAGCUGAUUGUGAUUUUAAAGGUUGGGGAGAAACUAAUUGUGAUCAUAGUGAAGACGUGGCUAUUGUUUGUACUGAUCCUGUUAUUCCGAAGAUUGUCGCCAGAUUAUCCAAUGGGCCGUCAUCCAUGGAAGGAAGAUUAGAAGUUUUACACAAUAAUCAAUGGGGCACUGUCUGUGAUACAAACUUUACCAAUGCCGAAGCUGAAGUAGUCUGUAGAUCUCUUGGAUUCCCCACAGCGUUUGCUACGGGUUACAAUAAUUCUAAAUAUGGCGAAGGAUUUGGUGUCGUCUGGUUGAAUGGUAUUUCCUGUACUGGUGUAGAACGCACCCUGGGUCAAUGUGAUGUUGGACAGUUUGGUGGAAGUACAUGUGAUCACAGUCAUGAAGCUGGUGUUCGGUGUUACACUCCAAGUCAAAUCAAGACUAAAUACCCUAUAAGAUUAGUGGGAGGUAACUCUGCGAAUGAAGGAAGAGUUGAGAUCAGUAGAAAUGGCGUAUGGGGUACUAUAUGUGAUGAUAAUUGGAACGUGAACAAUGCUAAAGUUAUCUGUAGAAUGCUCAACUUAACCACAGAUAAGGUGAUAGCAAGAGGUGGUGAUUUUUUUCCACGUGGUAAGGGUAAGAUUUGGUUAGAUGAAAUAGAUUGUAUAGGUAAUGAGUCUAGUAUUGAUCAGUGUGGUCAUAAACCAUGGGGUGACUCAGAUUGUCAUCAUGAAGAAGAUGCUGGUGUAGUUUGUGGAUCUGUAGAAACAACUAUCUCUAUUCGUUUGGUUGGUGGUCUGAUCCCAUCAGAAGGUCGUGUGGAGGUCUUCCAUAAUAAUACCUGGGGUACAAUGUGUGAUGAUGAUGUUAAUACACCAGAAGCUAAAGUUAUAUGUCGUAUGGCUGGAUUUGAUGGAAAUUUUGCUUUGUCGUUUGGAAAGUCUCAUUUUGGAAGUGGUAGUGGACCAGUCUGGAUUGAUGAUUUAAGUUGUUCAGGUGAUGAAUCGUCUAUCAGUGUCUGUGCAUUCCGGAAGUGGGGAACAUCUAAUUGUGAUCACCUUGAAGAUGUAGGUGUCAUGUGUAAAGCCCCCGAUUUGAAACUACGACUGGUUAACUCUAAAGGUUUACCCAACGGAGGUCGGGUAGAAAUACAGUUGAAUGGUACAUGGGGAACUAUCUGCGAUGAUUUAUGGGACAAUAACGCUGCAGGGGUUGUAUGUGCUAUGGCAGGAUUCGCCAGAGAAGGUGCUGUGGCAAAAUCCAACUCGUUCUUUGGACAAGGGUCAGGACCAAUCUUUAUGGAUGAUACAGUAUGUGAUGGUACAGAAUCUAGUAUACUACAAUGUUCAACUAAGUCUGUUGAUACUGCGAACUGUGAUCAUAGGGAAGAUGCUGGAGUUGUUUGUAAAAUUGUUGACAUACAGGUGCGAUUAGCAAAUUCUCAAGAUCCAAAUCAAGGUCGUUUAGAGAUUUACCAUAAUAAUACCUGGGGUACUGUCUGCGAUGAUCAUUUUACCAAUGCAGCAGCUGUUGUGGCUUGUAAAAUGAUGGGAAAACCAUACACUGGAGCUCACACAGUAACUAAAGGAACUUUUGGUUCUGGUACUGGCAAGAUUUGGCUGGAUAACGUCGUGUGUUUCGGCAAGGAAUCAACUCUAGAUGAUUGUAGUCAUAACCACUGGGGUGUCAAUAAUUGUCAUCACCGUGAAGAUAUUGGAAUUAUUUGUACAAAUAAUGACAAGCCAACACAACCACCAUCAGUAGUGACAAAAGCACCAAUUAAAACUGUUUCUCCAGUGUUUGUACGUUUAGCUGGCGGUGAUCAGUAUAAAAUAAAUGAAGGCAGGGUAGAGGUCUUUUAUAACAAUCAAUGGGGAACAGUUUGUGACAAUCAAUGGACUGCUGCUGAUGCUGCUGUCAUAUGUGGCAUGUUAGGUUUUGACAGGUCUAAUGCUAAAGCUUUUGGUGCAGCGUAUUAUGGUAUGGGAUCGGGUAGAAUUUGGAUAGGUGGUGCUGGAUGUACUGGUACAGAAUCAUCAAUAAGUAACUGCCCGGUGCAAUGGGGAGGUUUUGGUUGUGGUCAUAACAGGGAUGCUGGUGUCUCCUGUCCAACUACUGGUCAUCCCAACGACUUUUUGCUCUUCACGGAUUCAAACCUUCAAAAGAUAUUCCGAAUGGACUUAAAAACGAAGAGUUACGUUACACUGCCUCUUACAAGCCAUGACAACCCCUUCGCUAUAGAUUAUGAUCCAGUUGAAGCCAACGUUUAUUGGACCGAUGUCGGAAGUAAACAGCUAUGGCGUGCCAGUAUAGAUGGAACUUCUGAAAAACUUAUUCUGCAACUGAAUAAUAAUUCCAUAACGGAUGGUAUUGCUGUGGACAUGGUCAAUCGUCUGCUCUUUUAUUCAGACACAGGAUAUGAUGUCAUAGCAUUAAUGACGCUAGAUGGUUUUGAACACAAAUCAGUUGUGACAUCCGGACUUGAUGAGCCCAGGUCUAUUGUUUUAGAUACAUUGAAAGGAAUUAUGUAUUGGACUGAUUGGGGAAAACAUGCUAAGAUAAUGACUGCUAAUUACGACGGGACUGGAAUGAAACCGGUUGUUAAUACAGAUUUACUAUACCCAAAUGGUAUAGCUCUAGAUAUUACUGGUGGUAAACUAUACUGGACUGAUGGUGGUUUAGCUAGAAUAGAAGUUGUUAAUUUAGAUGGAUCUAAUCGGCAACAGUUAAUGUAUAAACGUGGAGCUCAUCCAAUGGGUCUAGUUCUAUAUAACAAUAUACUAUACUAUACUGACUGGACAACCAUGUCUGUAAUGCAGGUGAAUAUAGAUGGUAGUAAUGCAACUACAGCAGGUCCUUCAGGUUUUGGUAGAUUAGGUGAUAUCCAUGUACAUGUUAAUGGUGCUGGACAAACAGGUACUACAGCUUGUUCUAAAAAUAGAGGUGGGUGUAGUCAUAUAUGUAUACCUACUGGUAAGUCUGGAAGAAAAUGUCUAUGUCCUAGUGCGUCUCAAAAAUUACAACCAGACGGUAUUACAUGUUCCCAAGGGCUCGGUUGCAUGCCACUAACAAAUCCAGAUCACGGUUCGAUAUCUCCUGAUGUCUGUACAUCCAAACAAACAAAUACUUGGAAAAAUUGUACAGUCAUGUGUGCAUCAGGCUUUAGGCUGAUUGGUCCAUCAGUUCUACAAUGUUUAGGCAACGGACAGUGGAGUAACAACAGUCAAUCUAUUCAAUGUAGAAGCAUGCAAGGACCGAACGUGAAAUGCCCCAAUGACAUGUCGUUGACAGCAACCAGAGGUCAAUCAUUUGUAACUGCAUCAUGGAAUAUCCCAUCUGCUCUUGAUAGUACUGGAAAUACAGCAACUGUCACUCAAAGUAUGACGUCACCUGUUCAGCUAUCAAGUGGUCAAUAUGUUGUUAAUGUCAUGGCUAGAGAUAGUUUGGGAAUGACAUCAGCGUGUUCUUUUAAGAUAUCAGUAACAGUAUUGCAGUGUCAGCCAUUAACAGUUCCUCAAAAUGGCCGUAUCCUAUCUCAGGUGUGUCCGACUUACUACGGUGCGGUUUGUCAAGUUGGGUGUGAGUUAGGUUAUACAGGAUCUCAACCCAUGACGGUCACCUGUGAUAAAACAACGGGAACGGAUGUAGCUUGGUCUAAGUUCAGUUUAAACUGUAAAGCUUAUUCUCCAGUCACAAGUUCUACUCAAAAUAAACCAAAUCAACAAAGUUCCAAUCCCUCAUCUCCAUCUUCUUCAUCUACAACACCUAUAGUAGCAGGGGCAGUAACUGGUAUAAUUAUUAUAGUUAUAAUACUGUCAAUCACUUUACUGAUAUUUAAACGAGGAUGGCCACGACGUAACGGACGACAUGUGUAUGAUUUAGAGCUAGAAAAAACAUCUAAUUCUUUAUCAGAAGGUUUUAGUAAUCCUACUUAUGAAUCUAAUUAGUACACAUAGAAAAUAGUUGAUAUAUUUUAUAGAUAUUAUUCCCUCUUCGAUCUGAGUGAAAGAUAAAAUUACCCAUUUAAUUUGAAUUUAUAUGUUGAUUCUGUCUUGAUUCAAACAUAAUUUCAUAAACAUUUCGUCCAUAGUUAAAAUUUAUCUCUGUGUGAACACAGAAAGCCAAUAAUAAAAUUAAAAUAAGGAAAAAAAAUCAUUCGAAACAGAUCAGCACAAUUCAUCAUCUUAUAAUGACCUAAAUCAAAGAUUUUUAAUUGGUAUAUCUACUUUUGUAGGCCGACUUUUAAUUUGUAGGUCGACUUUUUAUUAGUCUAUUAAUUAACAUUUCGACUUUUAAUUGGCAUACCGACUUUUAAUUUGUUUAUCGACUUAAUUGACAUGUCAAGUUUUAAAUGGUAUGUCGACUUUUAAUUGGUCUAUUCGGUUUUAAUUGGUUUAUCCAGUUUUAAUUGGUAGGUCGAAUUUAAUUGGUAUGUCGAUUUUAACUGGCAUGUCGGCUGUUAAUUGAUAUGUCGACUUUUAUUUGAUAUAUCAACUUUUAUUUGAUAUAUCAACUUUUAAUUGGUCUAUUGAAUUUUAAUUAAUUAAUCGACUUUUAAUUGGUUUAUCAAUUAGAACGCUUUAUCAGCUAGUAAUACUAUUUUGUUUAUAUGUAAUAGUUUUACUCAGCUGUAUGGUAAUCUAAUCACAUUUCGUCUCUAUGUUUGUGUGUAUAGUCUCUUCUCCAAGACUAUUCAAUGCAUAAGGGUGGCAACUAUCACAAUAACUAUGAUAGAACUAGGGAACGUGUCACGCGACUAUGUAUGUAUGUAUUCUAUAAUGUCCUGUUUGGUGUUUUGAUGAAAUAAACAUUAUCUUAUCAAUGUGAUUAACGAAAUAAAUGCAAAUCCAAACUAAAGAAAGAUAACUAUUGCACUCGCCCGUACCAAGCGGGGGGAGGGAGACGCGUACAUGGUGCCGUUAUCCGUGGACCGUCAAGUGUAGGUAGAAGCCGCCCUCUACCCCCACCCAUUUUUGGGCUAGCCACGGGCCUAUUGUACCAAUGAAUAAUCCAUCCCAUGUAUGUAUCAAUCUGUUCAUAAUAUUCACUUUGACACAAUGGUUUUAAUACUGUUCAGCAGACGUUUUAAUCUGUUACACAUAACAAAUAUUUCAGUUAUAGCACAAUGUUGUUAUUUGUAAAUGAAAUGAAAUGAAAUGAAAUGGGGUUUAACGUCCUACUGUUCUGCUCCUAUACUGGGCUAAUGAAGACGGGCAUACGCCAUACAGUGUGCUAUGAGGGAAAUUUUGCCCGGGCAGCGGCACUAUCGCCUACUCUUAUAUCGAAUUCCAACUGCCAAGGGAUCUUUCACGUGCAUUCCAAUGUAUACACGGGACCUCGGUUUUUCGUCUCAUCGGAAGGACUAGACAGCUGUCCUUGUCAGGCCCUCCGAUCUGCACCACUGACAAGGGGAAACCACGUCGGAAAAUCCAGAUGAACUUUCCCCGCCAAUGCAGGGAUCGAACACCCGACCUCCAGGCUAGCGAGCCAGCGUCAUUAUUUGUAAAUACUGCAUCUUAAGAAUAUAAAUAGUGCACCUUACAAUUUGUAGAUAGUUCAUGCUAAAGAUAUUUUAAAUUAGCUUAAGGAUUUUAUUUGUAAAAACUGUAUUUAAGAUUUAUAUAGAUUUAGAAUAAUUACAAAAUAUACUACACUUAUAAUAUGUAAAUAGUUCAUGUUUA